UUCAGGACGGACUUUGAUGGCAUGUUUCUUGACAGCGGGAUGGAUUGCUUCCAAAUAGAUGUCGAACUCAACAUGACAACCGUCAUGACUGACAUGCACAUUCGCUCAUAAACAGACUCGCCGAGAAUCCAGUGUCCCACAUCGGAAGUGUUUUGUUAAUUAUUGGGCAUAUAGUUUUCCUGCCUAUCUGUGUCAAGUUUUGAUAACACUUGACAUCUGUUGCUUUACUCUCGCACCAUGAGCAACACCGCGUUACUGGAGCUUGGUUUCCUCUUGCUCGCACUCUUAUCUGGUUACAUCGGAUAUCAGACUUUCUUUUCACCGCUAUCCAAGAUACCAGCGUCACACUGGUCUUCGAGGUUCAGCCCCAUCUGGUCGCUUUGGGUGAGGUACACUGGGACCGAACUUGCUCAUCUAGUCAAAGCCCAUGAGAAGUAUGGACCUAUAGUCCAGAUAGGCCCAAAAGACCUCAGCGUAAGCUCAUACCAGGAUGGGAUUCGCAAAGUAUACGACGCAGGAUUUGGAAAGCCUGCCCCCUUUUAUGCCUCCUUCAACUACUAUGGGUCCAAGAAUGCAUUCACAAGCCUCGACAGCAGAGAGCAUGGGCUUCGCCGACGGAGAACCGCAGCGCUAUACUCCAAGUCUGCUCUACUAGGAUCUCACCAGAUGCAUAACAUCAGCAUCAGGGUUAUGUACGAUCGCUUGGCCCCAAGACUCAGCAGCGCCGCCGCAUGGGGGGGCGGGAUCGAUGCGCUUGAAUUGAGCUACUGCAUUUGCUCCGACUACAUCAGCGCAUUUCUCUUCGGCUACGGCAACGGAACAAACUACCUGACCGAGGACCAGAAACGCAUCAAUGAGUGGCGACUCCACUACGAGAACCACAUGUGCCACGAGAGUUUUUUCCCACAAGAGAUGCCCUUUGCGUACGGGCUUUUAAAAACGAUUGGGAUCGACUUGCUUCCUAAGCGGUACGGGGAGUCCAAGAACUUCCUCGAGAGAUGGAUGGGGAACAUGGCCCUGAAGGCGGACGAGACUAUACGCCAGCAUAGAGACAUGGACCAACUUAUGGCGCCCGAAGAUCGGCCUGUUGUCUACGAGACCGCCAAGUCGGCCGUGGAGAAAGAUUCGCCGCAUUUGGACGCAAAAGCCAAGCAUGAUGAAGUUGCAAGUGAAAUGUUUGAUCACAUUUCUGCGUCACGGGAAGUUCUAGGUCUCGUUCUUGCCUAUACCUUCUGGUAUCUGGCCCAACACCCGUACGCACAGAAACGCCUCCGCGACGAACUCACUGCGUCCGGCAUCGACAUGACGAGCAGACCGACGCCAGCAGCAGAUGUGUCCACCAACCUGUCGGGCUCGAUACCCACCGCCUUGGACAAGGUCAAGUACCUGGACGCCGUCAUCAACGAGUCUCUGCGGAUGCGGCCCACCAGCACGCCGCUGCCGCGCACCACGCCGCCGGACCGUUGCGUCUCGCUCAUGGGCGUGGACAACAUCCCGCCCGGCACGCGGGUCAACGCGUUCCAAUGGUUCGUGCACCGGGACCCCAGGAAGUGGGACAGGGUCGACGAUUGGAUCCCAGAGCGGUGGCUGGGGCGUGACGAGUCCGGCAAGAAGGGCGGGAGGGAAGAUGUGCUGUGGGCUUUUGCGAGCGGGCCUAGAGUGUGCUUGGGCACCAAUUGGACCUUUUACGCCAUGCGCUACAUCCUUGCCGCCGUCUUCUCGCAGUUCGAGUUCGAAGCCCUGAACCGGAACACGGGCGAUUGCUGGCCCGGAUCGCCAGAAGAUCUGCUGCCCGUUAAAGUCAAGAUUUUAUCUUCAAGUUGAGAAGAGACUAGAAGUGGGUAAUUAGGACGUAUUCUAUGGGUAACACUGCAUAUGUAAUAAAAGUUUGGAUAUACCUCUUUGCCGGAAAAGGACCAUGCAGCAGUGCAUGCAUAUAUAAUUACAGAAAAGGGGUAAAAGGGGGGGUGACCGUGCAUACUGAUCAUGUACAACGCGUCGUCACCGGCAUUUACUCAUAGCACAUGCAUGGCACCAGAUACCAUGAUGGUCAUGUUCUUUUUGGUCCACUAGCGAAGACGUUGAAGCGAAUCACACCGAAGGAAUAGCCAACAGAUUAGAUGUAAUUACAAGCUGG